AUUGAGAAGGUGCCCAAGGGAGUCCGGACUCCCUCCGGGCUGCAGGUCAGAGGUAGGGGAUGACUUCUCUCCAGGGAAUUGUUCACCAAUUUAUUGCUGAGCAAUCUGCGAGUCUUCCGGUAGAGUUGAGGCUCUUCCAUUGCUUUUGCCCAGGCCCAAAUGACAGUGAUUAAUGGCUCAACGUCCAGUUGGCAGCUGGUCUCAGUGUUCCCCAGGGUCAGUACUCAGGCCGUGUUGGUUAACGUUUUCAUCAGUGAUCAUCUGGAUGAGGAAACAAAGCACACCAUUGCCAAAUUUGUAGGUGGAAUUAAACUAGGGGAAUGGGUGUACAGCAAAAGGCAGAUCCUCUGUCCAGAGGCACUUUGAGUAACUCAAAGAUGAGGCCAAAAGAAACCUCAUAGACUUCAACAAGGAAAAGUGCCAAGUUCUGUGCAAGGGUCAGAUAAUCCCAGGCUUCAUCCAGGCUGGGAACCAAUGAGGCUAAGCAGAGCCCCACUGAAAAGGACCUGGGCAUGACAGCGGACAAGGGUGGAAUGUAACCAGCAGUGCUCUUUUAUCCCAUAUAGGGCAAAAUAAAUUCUGAGCCAUGUUAGAAGGAGCAUGGCUAGCAGACUGAGAGAAGUUGUUGUCCCCUCUACUCAGCACCAGGAAGGCCACACAUGGGUGCUGUGCUUGGACUGGCUCCCCCACUUCGAGUAGAGGUGGAAGAGCUGCAGAGGGGCCAGCAGAGGCUACCAGGACAGCCAGGGCACAGGGCUACAGCAGAGAAGGGUUGGGAUUGUCCAGCCAAGAGAAGGCUUGGGGGAAUCUAACAGCAGCCUUCAGCUCCCUGGAGCAUAGGUGCAAAGAAUAACCACACUCUUCUUGGUAGGACACAUGAUGUAACAAAGGACAAUGGACAUUAAUGGCAGCUCAGGGAGUUCAGGCUGGACAGCAGGAAAAAAACAUUUCUAGGGAGGUGGUGCAGCCCUGGAACAGGUUACCAGGGAGGUGCGGGAUAUCCAUCUUCUGCAGUCUCCAAGACGAAACUGGGCAAAGCCAUAGCUGACCUUACCUUGCCAACAAUGUUUCUGCUCCAAGCAGGAGGUUGGGAUAGAGACAACACCAAGCUAGGGGUAAAAGCUGCAGGAUGUUCAGGAGCACAGUCGUUUCCCAACACAAGCCAUGAUAGGGUGGGCUGCUGAUAUCCAACAGUCCCCAUCAUCACUCCCCCCACCCCAGGACCUCUCCACCUGGAAUUCCUUUUCCUUCCCUCCCUGCCCAAUGGAGAGCUCUCCCCAAGCUGGAAGUCCCCUCAGCAGCCAUAGGCAGCCUUGAUGGCCAAAAUCCUGCUCUUUGAAACUGCAGCCCCAUCUCAAGCACUCCAGGAACUGUGCUGGCCUGUGUCCCACAGUCACUAGAUCUCAUCUUUUCUGCCGUGCUAUUAGGAGGUCUGGCUGCUGCUCCUGGCAGGUGAUCAGCUGAUUCUGCAAGCUGGUACUGCAAAGUCAAACACAGAGAUUCUCUGUGCCGGCAAGGGGAGAGCAGGGCCAGGAGGGCCAGGGGCUCUGGGAGGCAAGGCGGCUCUGCCCUGAAAACUGAGCUACCUGAGUGCUGUUACCUGCUGAAUAAUAGAAGAGCUGACAGCCAGCUGGGGAGAAAUGUGAUCCUUGUAGCCAGCCGGGGAAGAUAUCUGAGCUUCCAGCAGCUGCAUUAGUAACUGCAUUGAAGAAGCCUUAUUCCCUGCUGCUCGGUGCUGUGCAGCGUGGCCGGGGAGACUGGACAUCUUUGGCCAGGGGCUACCUGUUCCUGGCAUGCCUGCAUGGCUGGUGCCUACCACCAAGGACACGAACUCAGGGCUCAGAGGAUGAGGAGGGCCGUGUGAGCUGGGACAGGCACGCAGCGUGGCAGAGCUCAAGGGCAGAGCCAGAAAGGUGGCCCUGGGCUUCCGAGGAGGUGAGGCAGAAAGAGCCUGCCUGCAGCCGGUGCCUGCUUACUCUGGGUCCAGCACCUCAGCCCCAUGUCCAGAGGAGGGGAGAUGGUUUAUAUUCCAGAUGACUCCGACUUCAGCUCCUUCAGAGAUCAGUGUGAGAACCUGGAAGGCUGGCACUGCCGGUAUAACAAGGGUGGCGUGACUGUGUGGAGUCAGGGCCAGGAAGAAAGCUGCACUGUACAGAAAAUCAAGACACGCAUCUCCUGCAAGGAUGUCCCUGCCGAGACGCUCUAUGAUGUGCUGCAUGAUACCCAUUACCGCAAGAAAUGGGACUCAAACAUGAUCGAGACCUACGACAUCGGGCGCCUGACUGUCAACGCUGACGUGGGAUACUACUCCUGGAAGUGCCCAAGUCCCCUGAAGAACAGAGAUUUUGUCACCCUGCGCUCCUGGCUGCCCCUGGGCAAUGAUUACAUAAUCAUCAAUUACAGCGUUAAGCAUCCGAAAUACCCACCCCGGAAGGAUUUUGUGAGGGCUGUGUCCUUGCAGACAGGCUACCUGAUCAAGGCAAAUGGCACCGGUGCCUGCAUCCUCUAUUACCUCACCCAGGUGGACCCCCGAGGGUCGCUGCCAAAGUGGGUGGUGAACCGAGUCUCCCAGUUUGUGGCACCAAAGGCAAUGAAGAAAAUUUACAAGGCAGGGCUGAAGUAUCCAGAGUGGAAACACAAGCACGACCCUGAGUACAAACCCUGGGUGUACCCAGAGCAGAACACAUUGCCCAGUGUCAGCCUGGACGAGCUGUCGGUGCAGCACGCCGACUCACUGGAGAAUAUCGAUGAGACUGGCUUGCCUGAGGACCACCUGAACAUGAGCGAUCACGAGGCCUGAGCCCUCACUGGUGGCCCGGGGCAUGGGCCAAUGCCUGUCUGCAACCGUGGGGGCCUGGCAGCAAGGGGGCUGCCCCCCGGGCCCUAAUCAUCUGUCUGCCCCCACAGCUCCUUCAUCGUAGAUCCCCACUACCCCAGGCAGGAGGACGCUGCCCCUGGGGUGCCAAGCCCCCUGCCCAUGGGAGCCUGCAGUUUGGGUCCUGCAAAGAAGGCAGAAGAGCACCCUAGUCCCCUUGCACUGGGGCUGUGGUGGCCCACGGAAGAGUCCUCAUGCAGGUGACAGAGCUGGCUAAGGGAGUGAGUGCCCUGAGGAGAGGCUGGGUGCACCGUGAGAGAGGGAAGGAGGCUUCCUGCCACUUGGAUAUCCCUUUACUGCUGUAAGACCUUCUGACUGGUCCCUGGUAUCUCUCAAAGGUCCAGAAUUAGAUGAUCUAUGGGUGAACCUGGGGUUCUUGCUCAGGCUUUGCAGCAGCACAGGGAUAGCGUGGGGUCUGGAUAGACCCCGUCUGGCCUGGGGUCCUGCUCUGCCAGCCCCACGUUCAGGCUGGCUGCACGCUAGCCCACCAAGUUCCCUCCUAGGCCUUGUGACCUCUGUCUCACAGAGCACCCCUCCCCGAAACCCCUUCUGUGUGUGAGGCUCAUGUCCAUGGGCAGACUCCAGUCCAGCUAUGCCUGGGGACCCCUUCCCCGAGUGGUGUUGUGAGGGGCUUGUUCUGGUGGCAGUGCUUUGACUGUCUCUGUUCACAAUACCUUGCGCACCUGUCUUGUGGAUUCCCUCAG